CUGCUCAGGUCUCCGUUUUCCCAGCUUAUUCACAGCUACCAGCUAAAAGCUACAAACAUGUUUUAGUGACCGCAGAAAAGCCGUGUUUUGAUUUUGAAAUGUUGGUACAUGUUAUAGCAAACGCUUAAGAGCCACAGUGGAGUUUUGUCAGUGCUGUAUAAGGACAAUUAACAUUUAACGCCCUCUGAGUGGAGCACCAUGGGGAAGCGGUAUUACUGUGACUACUGUGACCGGUCCUUUCAGGACAACAUGCACAACAGGAAGAAACAUCUAAAUGGUGUUCAGCAUCACAGAGCGAAGAAGGCCUGGUUUGACCAAUUCAGAGAUUCUGCUGCUGUUCUCCAUGAUGAGCAAAUAAAGAAACCCUGCAGGAAGUUUCUCCAAAAAGGAAUAUGCGAUUUUGGCCCAAACUGCAGAUUUUCUCACAUGUCUGAAGAGGAUCUGUUCAACUUAAAAAGACACAUGGAAGAGGAAAGACAAUACAAAGAGGACUCUGAGGACAGAAUUAUCUCUGGGCGAAGUAUAGAGGAAUGGCUCUCCAGAAGGGAAAAGAAGCAAGCUGCUCUUGGUAGCAAAGGAGACUCAAAAACCAAGGAGGACAAUGAGGAGGAUGAAGCAGAAAGUGAUAUUCCUCCACAACUCUUCUCCAUUCCUGACCUCCCACCCUCACUGUUGCCUCCUCCUCUAGGUGGAUGGAGAGUCAGCGCAAGCAGCGAGUGGAGCUGAAGAACAUUCAUUCCAGGGUUCGAAUCCCAAUAACUAGGUACAUGAUGUCUUUAGAGGGACAUUUAUUUUAAAGAGACUUUUUCACAUUUUUGUUUGAGGAUAUGCUCAUGUUUUCAGGUGAUAUAAAAUUCUGCUAAAUGUCUAACUUCAGAUUGAAGGAAAAAGUUUGAGCAAGAAUCCACCAGGCAUAUUUGGAAUCCCCUGAAAUACAUCUGUUUACUAACAUUUACAUUGCUGUACUGAAGCAAAAAAUAUAAGGGAUUUUAAGUUAUUGUGAAGAUUAAUAAAAGAAGGAAAAAAAAUUACAAAAUAUGUAUUGUUUUAUUUGUUUUCAUUAGAUUAUACAGGUGCUUUUGAAACGGAACUGACUUCCUUCCACAGUUGAGAAACAGUCAUGUUAGGUUAACAGGUGACCUCAGAAAAGACGGUUUUUAUGUUGGUACAGGAAGGAUUGACAAUCACUCUGGCGGUCAUGUAUUUUAACUUUUCAGUGGGUGUCAGGACAAGCUUUCUCAACGUCUUAACAGAAAUGUAGGAAGCUUUUGUUAGCUGAAUUUGUAGAGUUAAUUUAAAUUGGCUGGUUUUCUGGCUCAGCUCCUACUUAAAACUUGAAUUAAAGCUUUGAGAUGAUUAUUCCAGAAGCUUAAUGUAAGCAAACUUAAGCUAUUUCGACUCAUGUUUGGAUGAGGUUUUGGGAUUGCCUUGUUGGAACAUCUGUCUAUGUCCAUGUUUGGUCGUCUAGCUGUUGAAGUGUUUUGUUUUGUCGUGAUCACAGCCAGCACCAUACUUGGAAAUUGCUGUUAUUGGAGACAAAUAAUUCAGCCGUUUGCAAUUGGCUUCUUCUGGGCAGCUUGAAAUUUCUGUCAAGCUUUGAGCCAUUUAUUUUGAAGCCAAUGACUUUUUGUUUUCUUUUUGUGCCUUUCAAUUAAUGAGAGUGUAAAAGUUGUUUCAAUGUGAACAAUGACAUUGUUUAUCAAACUUCAAAAUAGGUCUGAUCCUUUGUGGUUCCUGACUUUUUCAGGCACAUCUCCACCAAUCUUUUUCUUCUAAGAUUGGCAAUUUGGUUCUCCUUCUGGACUUUGUGGUGAUAUCUUGUGUUUACCAAUGAUUGAUUGUUUGAAUGGUUGAUCUUGAAAUAUGCAGUUGUUUUAAAAAGCUCCAAAAAACAUUGCCAGUUAUUUUUCAAUCUAUGAUUCUUCCUAAUAGCUGCAGUUUGAUGUAUUUUGCUGAUGGUUGCACUUAUUUCAGGCAACAUGUUUGAAUAUAUAAUAUAUUCAGAAUCACACUGUUUUUCUAACCCGAGGUCUCAUGCAUAUGCCCAAUUUUCACCAUAUUUUCCCUUCAUAAUUGAAUCAUUUGUCUUUCUGAUUUGACAGCAUGCAAAUGUCCUCAAUAAACCCUGCAUCUCUG